AUGAAUUCCCCACGUAAUGCAACCGCGCCCAAGGGAAAAACCCUCGUCGACUCAUUUAAACACGCGCUAGAACGCAGAGAGGCCAAAUCGGCGCGUCGCAGGCUCACCAUCCUACCAGGAACCGCAGCCGACUUCUCAUCAAAUGAUUUUCUCUCACUCUCCACGGCCCCAGCCUACCGCAAUCGCUUCCUGGCUCACGUGAACAACACGCCUGAUGCCUUCCCGUUCGCCAGCGGCGGAUCGCGAUUGCUGGAUGGCAACUCGGCUUAUGCCGAGGAACUGGAGCGCUUUGUCGCUGAAUUUCACAAUGCUCCAACGGCGCUUCUGUUCAAUUCGGGCUACGAUGCGAAUAUAGGCGUUUUGUCUAGUAUUCCGCAGCCUGGCGAUCUGAUUAUUUAUGAUGAGCUUAUUCACGCUAGUGUGCAUGAGGGAAUGCGUCUUUCGCGAGCGGGACGGCGCGAAUUGUUUUCGCAUAGCUGUCCUGUCAGCUUGCGGGAGGUCCUGCGAGCUGAGAUUGAACGCGAUGAAAAAGUCAAGGAUGGCUCAAGGAAUGUCUUUGUCGUUAUUGAGUCUAUCUAUAGCAUGGAUGGAGAUGUUGCGCCCAUCAAGAAGUUUAUCGAUGUCGUACAGGAACUUCUCCCGCUUGGCAAUGGGUAUUUUAUUGUUGAUGAAGCACAUGCUACUGGUGUUUAUGGGCCGAACGGCGCCGGUGUGGUGCAGGAACUGGGUGUCCAGGACCAAAUGUUUAUUCGUGUGCACACUUUCGGCAAGGCUUUGGCUAGUCACGGUGCCAUGGUUCUGUGCGGACCUGAAACAAGAGAUUAUUUGAUAAAUUAUGCCCGUAGCCUGAUUUAUACGACCGCCCUCGGAUUCCCCUUCCUUGCCUCCAUCAGAACAGCUUAUGAGCUCCUGGCCUCCGGAGAGACGAAACCGUUGCAACAUCGAGUCCAGACAUUGAUUGGGCAUCUUCACAAGCGCUUAGCCUCUCUUCAGAUCCGCCAAUCGGUCAUGUUUGAAGUGGAUCAUUUCCCCACAUCGCCCAUCUUUUCGCUCCGAACCUCGCAGCCCCGGGAUUUAGCUAGCUUUUGUCAGAAGGCUGGGUUUGUUGUCCGUGCUAUCAUGCCUCCGACUAUUCCGGAGGGGAAAGAGCGUGUGCGAGUCUGUCUACAUGCUGGCAAUACAGAAGAUGAGAUUGACGGACUUGUACAGACGAUUCAGUCAUGGCUGGAUCUUGCCCUGGCAGAAAGGAAGAUUAAGCUAUGA